AUUUUCUUCCAUCCCCUUUCUUCAACUCAUCCAUUCUCAUUCAACCCCUUCCCAUCCCUCUUUCACUUGCACUCUAAUGGCGCCAUCUUACGAAAAGCCCGCUCACUCCUCCAUCGACGACAACGAGAAGCAUCGAGAAUUCGGCGCCAAGGUCCAAGAAAUGGCUUCCACCCUCACCAGUCGCUUGGGCAUGAUCCGAAAAGGAGGUUCUCACCAUCAUGAAGCCGUCGACGACCACGGCUCGAGCGUCAUAACACUAGCUGGAACCAACACCGGUGCCACCAUGCGUGCCGAGUUGAAUGGUAAAACCAAGAAGCUCGAGGAUGCAGGCGUCGACGAGAACGAGCCCCUCACCUCCUACAUUAACAGCAACUUCCAAGCCAUAAACAACUCCAUCAUGUUUGGUGGUAGCUACACAGGCAAUGACCCUGGGGUUCACAUGAACAUCACUGAUCUUCGUGAAGAAGGCCAUAAGGCUGAGAAAGGAGGGGCUAAAAGCAAGAAGGUUGACAAGGAAAAUGGCGAGUCCGGUGGCUCAUGGCUUGCAAAGGAAUGAGUUUUUUGGCGCACCAGAAGUUAUCAUAAUACAUAUAUAUAUAUUGUGCUAUAUAAGUACUAAAGAUUGAAGAGGUUUGUACUAUGAGUUUUUACGAUUCUUGAAAGCUUAAUAAACGGAUCGAUGAUGUUCAAAACAUG